AUGCAGUCCUUUGUCCACUUCCCAUCCUACAGAAAGCACGUUUGGAGCAAGCACCUCAACAUCCUCCAGGGAGGGCCCAGUCUGCCUCCCACACAGCCUGAAAGUGGCCACGACAUGACUGCUCCUGAAAGAAAUGUGGAUGCGCCCCCUGACAUACUCCAGGGAGAAAGUAGUUUGCUUCCUGCAGAGCCUGGAAGUGGCCACGACAUGCCUGCAUCAGAAAGUGUGGACGCACCACAUGACAUCAUUUCACCUGACCUAGCACAAGGAGACAGUGACGCAGAAAACCAAAGUAUCGUCCAGAGUGAUCACGACAGCAGCUCAGCCGUUGGAGAACCUGAUCAUGUGAAGCAAUUUGCCCUGCUGCUACUGAAAUGGAAAGAAAGCAAGGGCUUGCCAGAGACAACCAUCGACGAAAUUGCCAAUGAUAUCAUCUGCUACGUCCACGGCGUGACGGAUGACCUAACAACAAAACCAGUACAACAGUGGGCACAAAUUUUGUCAUCUGUUGGUGAUGGCAUGGAGAUGCUGGCUACAAAGGGAGGCCGCACAGAUUAUUGGACAUCCUGCCUGCCAUUUGUGAAGCCUCGCACCAUAGCACUUGGAACCGACGAACGUGGAAAACGAAGAGUAUUCCACUACAUUCCAAUACUUGAGGUUUUAGAAAAACUGCUGGAGGUCCCUGAUGUGUACAAUAAUUUCUACUGCCCAGACAGGGAAGAAGGCUACCUCACAACAGUUUUUGAUGGGACUGCAUUUCGUGAUCACUCUUACUUCAAGGGAGAUGAAGAUAUGAUUUGCAUACAAUUGUAUGCUGACGAAUUUGAGGUGUGUGACCCGUUAGGAAGCAAGAGGAUGAAGCAUAAGCUCCUCGGUGUCUAUUUCUCAAUUCUGAACCUUCCACAAAGGACAAGGUCUUCUCUCUCACAGAUUCACUUGGUGCUACUUGUGAACGACAAGUGUGCUUCCAAAUAUGGUCUUGACAAGGUGUUUGCCCCUCUUAUGGAGGACAUUGCGUCACUGGAGAAUGAUGGAAUAACCAUAAACGGACAGACACUAAAGGGAACCAUCUUCAUAGUGACAGGUGACAACUUGUCCUGCCACCGCCUUGGUGGCUUUAAGUGUAGCUUCAGUGGUGGGAGAAUAUGCCGGUUUUGUUUAGCACUGCGGCACGAAAUCAGCAGUAAGCACUUGGAGGCAGAUUUUGUGCUUCGAACUCCAGAAAGCCAUCUGCAUCAUCUGAACAUGCUCAACACUGGCAUACCCACUUUGUCGUUGUAUGGUGUUCGGGAACCGUGUCCUUUCAACUUCACCGGGUUUCACCCAACUGAACAUAUGCCCCCUGACAUCAUGCACGAUAUCUUUGAAGGUGUGAUCCCAUUCGUGAUGAUCCGCGUCAUUGAAGACCUCGUUUCCAGCGGGUUGUUUACACUAAGUCAUCUCAACAAGUGCAUAGAAGGCUACAGCUAUGACGUUGGUGACGCCAGGAAUAAGCCCGAGAAGAUCGCACCUGAUGUUCUCAAAGGAAAAAAAGCAAUGAAGGGCAGUGCGUCACAAAUAUUUUGUUUCUUUCGACACUUUGCAUUGUACGUCGGUGACUCUGUACCAUCCGAAAAUAGCACAUGGGAACUCUAUCUUCUAUUGCGUCAGAUAGUGGAGCUCCUUGUUUGCAGGAAGCUACCGACUGGUUAUGUGCCGUACCUGCAACGCCUCAUUCAUUUCUUCUGCCUAGAUUUUCAAGCCCUGUUUUCACAUGUUAAGGUGCCAUGUAAGGUACAUUACUUGAUCCACUACCCAACGUACAUUUCUAAAUAUGGCCCAUUAAUUAACCUCUGGGCAAUGCGUUUCGAGUCGAAACAUCAGUAUUUCAAAGACCUGGCACGCAAACUCCAUAACUUCAAAAAUGUCACCCACACCCUCGCAGUCAGGCAUCAGUUCCAUCAGGCUUACAUCCUGUCCGAAGCCUCGAAGGAGAACUCUGUUUUCCCUGCAGGAAGCCGUCCAGUUUUGCUGGAGCACGUCUCGGAAGUGGUCAGGUCUUACGUGGCCCACAAGUGUGUUACUGUUACGAACAUCUCUGUGUUGAGUUCUGUAAGAACUGGCAACAUCACUUACAGACCUGGGAUGACACUGUCGUACAGUACUAGUGAUGACGACCUACCCAAAUUCAUGGAAAUCUGCAACAUCUACUCUGUGGACAGGGACAUAGUCUUUGAAGUGCGUGAGCUGCUGUGCGUGGAGUUUGACAGGCACUUUCAUGUUUAUGUCGUAACUUCGACCGACAGGAUCUCCGUUGUGAAUGACACUUUAAUGCUCAGACCGGAGCCUUUGUAUGUCGUACGACAGGGAAACAGGCAUGUAAUUAAUAGCCGCAGUGCUAUACUGUAG